ACUUGUCUCAGGGCUCUCUCUUCUCAGUAGCGCAGGGUUUGGCUGAUUCUCCUUGGAUCCCUCACUCUUCCUCCAGCCGGACAGUCCGGGAUAUAGGGGGGCAUCAUGAAGAUGCUUCAAAGGCGCCUCCCGCUCACCGUCCUGCACCUCUUUCUUCUUGUUUGGGGUGGCAUGACCCAGCAGAAGCCUCAGGGUCCUAUUAAAGAUAUCAAUGGACUUCCAGUGGAGGGACCCACUAUAUCUGUUAGACCUGAUCCAGGGCCUGAUAAAGUCACUUUCCAAGACUGCCCUGUGGAUGUCUUCUUUGUGUUGGAUACAUCUGAGAGUGUUGCUUUGAGAGUGAAGCCUUUCAAGACCUUAGUGACACAAGUGAAGGAUUUUACCCAGAAAUUCAUUGAUAAACUGACCUCCAGGUAUUAUCGUUGCGACCGUAACCUGGUGUGGAAUGCAGGUGCUCUACACUACAGUGACGAGGUGAUCCUGAUCAAUGGCCUCACCAGGGAUAUGAAGACUUUGAGGGAUAACGUGGAGGCAGUUGAAUACAUUGGAAAAGGAACCCACACUGACUGUGCCAUUAAAAGGGGCAUUGAAGAAGUUCUCAUUGGAGGGUCACACCAAAAAGAGAACAAGUACCUCAUUGUCGUGACUGACGGACAUCCUCUGGAGGGCUACAAAGAGCCAUGUGGUGGUCUAGAAGAUGCAGCUAAUGAAGCCAAGCACUUGGGCAUCAAAGUCUUCUCUGUUGCCAUUUCACCAAAUCAUCUGGAGCCACGACUCAGUGUAAUUGCAUCUGAUGCAAGCCACAGGAGGAACUUCACAGCUACCAGUGCCGCUGGUCUGACUGAUGAGGAAAUAGACAAUACAAUUGACACCAUCAUUGAUAUGAUUAAAGAAAACGCUGAGCAGGGGUGCUGUACCUAUGAAUGCAGGCCCUCUCGUGGUUCUCCAGGAUCAGCAGGACCACCGGGUUAUGAAGGAGAAAUUGGAAAGCCAGGUCUUCCAGGAGAUCGAGGGUUACCAGGCGAUCCAGGUCGACAGGGUGAUAUUGGACCUGUGGGUUACCAAGGAAUGAAAGGUGACCAAGGUAUCCGAGGAGAGAAGGGUGGAAGAGGAGCCAAGGGAUCCAAAGGAGACAAAGGAAAGAGAGGAAUUGAUGGCAUUGAUGGACAGAAGGGAGAGGAUGGAUACAAUGGCCUUUCAGGGUGCAAAGGAUCUCCUGGGUUUGAUGGAGCCCCUGGAAGUCCAGGACCUAAAGGAGAUCCAGGACCAUAUGGCACAAAAGGAGAAAAGGGUGUCCCUGGAACUCCUGGAACUGCUGGAAGACCUGGAAACACUGGAAACACCGGAGACAAGGGAGAUCCAGGUUCUAAUGGUUCACCAGGAGAAAAAGGAGAGUCUGGGGAUGAGGGUGAUGCUGGAGCUGAUGGGUCUCCUGGAAAACGCGGUGAGGCUGGAGAGCAAGGUCCUUCUGGAGUAUCUGGGGCAAGAGGAGGUAGAGGAGAAAAGGGUGAACCUGGCCCACCAGGAGACCAAGGACGUGAUGGGCCAGCUGGUCCUUUUGGUGAUCCAGGAGAAGCUGGGCCUCAGGGACCCAAAGGAUACAGAGGGGAUGAAGGACCACGAGGUCCAGAGGGGCCUAAAGGACCAAGAGGAGCCAAAGGCUUACCCGGAGAACAAGGCAUCGCUGGGGAGAGAGGAGAUGAUGGCCGCCCAGGAAAUGGUACUGAUGGCUUCCCAGGAUUCCAGGGCUAUCCUGGUAGCCGAGGAGACCCUGGUUCAAACGGAACAAAAGGUUAUCCUGGACCUAAGGGAGACGAAGGAGAACAAGGGGAACCUGGUGAUGAUAAUGUAAGUCCAGGACCUCCUGGUCCCAAAGGAGCAAAGGGAUAUAGAGGACCAGAAGGGCCACCGGGACCUCCCGGACCUUCAGGUCCUCCAGGCCCAGAUGAGUGUGAGAUUCUGGAUAUCAUAAAGAGGAUGUGCUCAUGCUGUGAAUGUACUUGUGGUCCUUUAGACCUCCUGUUCGUGGUUGACAGCUCUGAGAGUAUUGGCCUUUCCAACUUCCAGAUCUCCAAAGAUUUUAUCAUAAAGGUCAUUGAUCGUCUGAGUCGUGAUGAACAUGUCAAGUUCGAUGCUGACAAUUCACAUAUUGGAGUGGUGCAGUACAGCCACGGACAGACUCAAGAAGUUGUAGCCAUGGGAGACUCCACCAUCCAAUCCAUUGGACAACUAAAGGAGGCUGUGAAGAAUCUAAAGUGGAUUGCUGGUGGUACUUGGACUGGGGAAGCUCUUGCUUUCACCAAAGAUAAUCUCUUGAAACGGUUCACAUUAGAGAAGAAAAUAGCACUUGUGCUUACGGACGGACAUUCUGAUAUCCUGAGGGACAAAACUCCAUUAAAUACACUGUGUGAAGUUACUCCGGUUGUGUCAGUGGGAGUAGGGGACAUUUUCCAAAAUGCUCCUAACUCAGAUCAGUUGGUGCAGAUUUCUUGUGGUGGAAAACCUUAUUCAAAGGGGCUGUCCUUGCAGCGAACCACCUUUGCAGAGCUUCUGGACGAUGGCUUUCUGCACAAUGUUACUUCUCAUAUGUGCAGUGAUAGGAAGUGUCCGGAUUAUACCUGCCCUAUAACAUAUGAAGGUCCAGCAGACAUCACACUGCUUGUAGACAGCUCUACUAGAGUUGGGAAUCAGCACUUCCAGACCAGCAAAAGCUUUGUGAAGCUCUUGGCACAACGUUUUAUAAAGGCCAAACCCCCUCCAUCAGGCUCUGCACGUGUGUCAGUGGUGCAAUACAGUGGGCAAAACCAGCAGAACGUGGAGGCACAAUUUGUGUCCAAUUACACAGUGCUAGAAGUUCCAGUGGAUAAUAUGCAGUUCAUAAAUGGUGCUACAAAUGUGGUAUCUGCCCUGCGUGCUGUGACAGAGCUGUACCGUGAAGAUAGUUUGCCAGGGGUGAGCAAAAAACUGCUGGUUUUCUCCGAUGGGAAUACACAGGAGGAGAAGGGCUUGCUGAAAGCUGUGCAAGAUGCUCAGGCAGCAGGCAUUGAGAUUUAUGUUUUGGCAGUGGGGAGCCGUCUUAAUUAUGCCAAUCUUCAGGUUAUGCUAACAGGCUCUGCUGCAGAUAUUGCUGGCCCAUUCCCAGAGGAAAGACUGUUCCGCGUUCCUGAUUAUGCUUCUCUCCUUCAAGGUGUGCGUUAUCAGUCCAUCAGUCGUCGAAUAUCCCUUAAAUCCUCCCAGUAAAAUGAAAAUGGAGCAGCUCAGCUCCUACUGAUCACACACUGAGCCUGAGCAUGAAACUCCAGAACACCACAGGAAAUGUGAUCUAAGAGUAAGCCAUAGGAACCCUCCUUCACUUCCAUGAACGCAGUUCCACCCUAUGGGCCUCUUGCACCUUUUAUUGGACUAAAAAUGCACAUUUUAUUGGACCAAAUGAAAAACCGAGAUGUCAUCUUUACAUAAAGCACAUGUCAAUCUCUUCUAUUUGAUUAAUAUUGCAACCAUUUUCAUGACGGUUAACAGUAGAAAAAUGCCAAGAUCCAAACACUUGCAUUUAUUAACAUAUCAUGCUUACUGAUUCAUUUUCUUUCUUUAAAUCAAAGUUUUUUUUCCUAUUACUGCAUAAUGAUUGAGCAAAAUUCUGUAAAGGCUGUUUAAGGAGAACUAAAGUUACAUGACUUGACAUUCUAAUGUACUGUACCAGGGCUUAACAAAGUGCAUGUUGUUUCCUUGCCUUUAGGGAAGCUUAGUCCAUGAAUCUGAUUGCAGACAGCCCCAGAAUUUUCUAAAUGUUACAAGACAUUAUUGCUCCUUUAAAAGGUAUUAGAGGUAGGGAGGCUGACAGUGUUGCAGAAUUUGAUACAAUUUUAAAGUUUGGUUUAUCUAGAAAUAUCCAUAAAGAUUUUAGUCCCUAGGUAGUCACUAGGUAAAUAUUCCCCUUGUUCAGAAGUCUUAUUUUUAUAACUUUUUUCCUCUCUACUUGUUCACGCAAAUGUCCACAGAAGCUCUAAUGCUCCACUGCCUUAUGUCCAAAUAAAUGUUUUAUUAUGCUCUAUGAACAGAACUUGUAGGAAAAGAUGAUGAUCAGGAGAAAUGUAAGUUGGAAAAUGGUGAUGUUGGGAAAGAGAUGCAGGUCAUAAGGUUGAACGUAUAGAAAAUGUAGUGACAGUUUCCACCUGCCACCCUAAGUCCAAUGCUACUUUAUAUCUUGUGCACUUCUGCAACCCAACAAAAAGUUCUGCCAAUGACAGAACAUUAUAAGGCUCUCUCUGUGUGCAUGCUAAACUUCUUCCUUACUACUCUCAGAUGUUACCCCCUUUGUCAUAUUAUAGAAUAUACAAAGUCACUGUAAAAGUAGCAGAGAGUGAAAUAGCCAAAGCCAUACAUUUGUAUUUUUCCUGUUAAACAUGUUACAAAAUACCAAAAUGUCAUCACAAGGUGAAGGUCUACUUGCUGAUCACAAAUGCACAUAUGUUUUUGUAAUCUCUGGUUUGGCUGUAAAGAACUGUAUGAACUUCACAUGACUCUUCCUGGGAAAAUCUGUUAUGGUAAACACUUACAAACACCCGUGGGUCAACUUGAUCUUCUGCUAGGAGUCCAUAUGUGAAAACUACUCCCAUAUCAAACUACAUUGCUUGAAGAAGACAAAAAGUGCAUUGCACAGAUGAAGAGAACGUCCUUAAGUGCUAGAGUACCUUCUACAUUCCUAUUUCUUAUAUUGUAAAAAUUGUCUUGCUUGCCAAUAAAGUAACUAAUGAGUGGUAACAAUAAUAUCUGGUUACAAAGAUAAAUCCAAGAUGCUUUGUUUCAUAGUUUACUCAUGUUUACAUUCAGUGUUUCACAAAGCAAUCAGUGGAUUUAUUAGAGCCAUUAGGGACCAUUAGCCAGUUCCUUACUCUCUUGUUUACCUUUGUCUGCAUAUUUGCAGACUUAUGCAUGACACACAAGCAAGGAGAGGGGGUGCAAGGAAGAGACAUACAUUUAUUAUUGGUGCUAUAUUCAUACAAAAAAAGUCUCAUGUGAAUGUUGUCCUUUGACCAAUUUUUCCUGUAGGUACAGGUAGUAUCUAGAAUGUUUUGAAGUGCCAGAAACUGGGUGGGUGGUGAAACAUCUCCUGUGGUUGGAGGCCCACAGAUCCUCCUUUUGAUGCAACCUGUAGUCAUGUUGGUCUCUAAAUAAAAGGGUUUUCCCACAA